AUGCUUGCUAAUUUGCUACUUUUUUGUAUUCACUUUUUGCUGUCUACUUGGACACAAGUGUCAGCCUGCUUAAAUGACGGUAAGUUUCGUUAGUGCCCUAAAUAAGUGCCUUAAGUGUUAAAUAACUUUCAUGCUCUUUAGAAAUUUUCUUAAAACAAGAUUCUCAGUGGAGGCAGUUUUCACGCCAAACAGAGAGAUACCAUUUGAGUUUUCUUCACUGCGUUAUUGUUAUUUCUGUAAGUUUUACUCGCGACCUAAUGGUUCCUAAUCAAUCUUCAGCUUCGUAGGUUAGGCGUUACUAGUAAAUAAAUAAUUUCGCGAAAAUCGAAGGGACAAAUUUAGCAAGACUUAAAUGGCAGAUUAAUACCAGUUAGAACCAAACUUUGCUUAAAUCUUCAAAAAAAAACACGUUUUAAAUAGGUUGAGUUGUGUUAUACAACACCCUUGUAAUCUACAUGUUGACAGGAUGACAUAUCACAAUUGGAUGUACGCGGAAAGAUCUGGCUGUUUAAAUAUCAUACAAACAGCCCAAUUCAAGUGCGAUCUGGUAGAUCUUUUUAAAAAAAUUUCCUUUGAAAAAGUUCCUUUUUUAAAACUCGAAGGUUUACAAGAAAUGCCUGAUUUGUUAGCAUUUUUGCUACCCAGCUAUUCUGUAAAGGUUUUGAUGCCUACCUUCCGUUUAAUAUCGUUUGCAAUAUGAAUUAGAAACAGUAACACAGUAAAACGUAGUUAAAUUAAUAUCUAGUCAAUCUUCUCCCUACUUUCAUAGGUAAAUUUGUGUACAACGCAAUAAACUUGCCUAAACUAUACUCUAUAAACUUUGGCACAAAUUCCUUAGAUAUAUAUAUAUAUAUAUGUUGUAGUUAAUUUUUUAUCUCAGUUAAUUUUUAUUUUUCCAUUGUUUUUGAAUAUGGUAAUGUAUGGUAAUGAAUUGAAACAAAGGAAAAACAAAAAUUACCUGAUAUAUACACAUCGUGCGUUCACCUGCUUCAUUUAAAAGGUGUAUAAACUCAGUUAACCUGACACUGGGCAUAUGUCAGACUCGGUUGAGAGAUAAUUUUCACAUUUGCAGACUUCAAAGUAAUGGAAGUCUAAAGUGAAGAAAGUGCUCUAUAAUUUCAUUUAAAGAGAGAGAAACGCGUUUCAAAGAUAGAGAGAAUGCCUAACCGCUGAAUAAUAUACGGAAUCCUUAUUUAAAUUUGAAUAGGAAACCCAAAUGAACUCUAUUACAAGUGUUAGAAAUAUAGUUUUGCUAUUUUUUUUCUUAAGGUCCUUGUCGUGAAUUGGCGUUCCCAAGUUUUCUUUUCUUUGCCGACAAGCGCCUGAUGAACCACACCAUAAAAACUUUAAAAGUUCGCGAUCUGGAUGAGUGUGAGUUGAGGUGUUACUACGAGCACGAUUGUGUCAGCCUUAAUUUUGAAAACAAAAUGGUUGGAAAUGGAAAAUACAGCUGUGAAUUGAACAAUUCUACACACGGAGAACACGAUAAAGACUUUGUUCAGGCACCAAAUUUCCUUUACCGCGGAACAAACGUAAGAUCAUUAAUUUAAAUUUUAACGUUAUUCAGUCUCCGAGCCUAUUAAUACCAUAACCCAACGCCUCGUCCAAAGGAAAAUGGCUGGAUCUCAGGCUUUGGGCUUGGCUGUGUUACAAUAUUCAAAAAUUGAGUUGAUAGUUUCUGUUUGUGAUAACUGCACGGGAUGAUGUGAAUAUUAUGGAAUUUGACAAGCUGAGGGCCAAUGACGUCAUCUAUGAUGGCAGCAAUGUUGGCCGUCAUAUUGGAUGUCAUUGAAAAUUCCGAUUUAUCGCAAUGGAGUAAACGCUAACCAUCUUUCUUCUGAACCUUCCCCCACCCCCCCACUAAAUCUGACAACUACACUAGCUCUCUUCCUUUCGCCAGCCAUUCUCAUUUCCUCUCUGAAAAGCAAGUUUUUCUCCCUGGACGGUUUUGUUUCAACUGUCGCCGUUUUUGAGAAAUUUCACUUUAUUGUUAUUUUAAGAUCGAAAAUUUUUGUAAUUACCUCCGCCCUUAAACUGCAAGCGCCUCCCAAAAGCAAGGGUUUUUUGCUACUUAAAUAAGAUGAAAAAUUCAAUUUAACUUGUUUAACACCUCAAAACAGCGCCCCCGUAUGUAUGUAAGACGGGCUAAUCCCUAAACCCGACGCUUAGAGUUGGGCUCUGCCAAUCUUUACUCAUUUUCCUUGAAUCAUGAUGAGGCGGACACCUCUCGCAAAGGUUUAGAAAGGCUCAGAAGCAUAAAGCAAUAUCUCUUUUCCAUAAUCUUUUCCCCAGAAUCCUUGUGGUAGUUCUCCAUGUAAAAAUAACGGGACUUGUCAAUCAGGAUUUACCAAGAAAGGAUAUCACUGCUUGUGUCGAGGCUUUACAGGUGCAAGAUGCCAAGAUGGUAGGUCUGAGAAAUGGGCUAAGUGAACGCAGUAGUCAUGAAACCACGUAAGCUGUACCGCGUUUAAUUAAAAGGGGGAAACCGUAAGUGAGAACAUAAAUUUGAAAAAAAGUAUAUCCACUGUAAUAUUAGCCCUAUCAUUGUCGACAAAACCAUCACAAGUGCAUCAAGCGCAGGACCUUCCAGACGGAAGAAUGAAACUGAGCUUUCCGGCUCCCGCAUUUUCGGAAGCUCGCGCAUAGAUGAAAGAAUAUUCCCUUUACUUUAGAGUGGAUUUGCAACACGUUGCCCUUUACUCUCACCUCCGUUUGGCCUACAAUUCUCGAUCUCAGUUGUUAUUUUGCGCUAAUUAGUGAGUUACAUUUAUCAGGGUCUUUAAGUCAAAUUGUCGGUGGACUGGCAAGUACUCGUCUAAACGAACACAUUGUGAUUCUGACAGCUAACUUACUCUUAUAUAACUUAAGCUGCCAGUUCCACUGUCCAGAUAUCGUGCAGAUAUUUCCGGCGCUUGCUUUGCAAAGUAACUGAAUGAUUCUUGUAAUAACUAUCGUCACCUAGAUAUUGACGAAUGUGAGGAAAAAAGUCACGACUGUAGCAAGAACGCAAAUUGUACAAACUCAAAGGGAUCUUACAGAUGCAAAUGCAAGACUGGUUUCCGUGGAGAUGGAUAUAACUGCAGAGGUAUCACAGCAUUUUUGUUCUGUCGUUAGCUGACUUUAAGUAGAUUAGCAUUUCACUGAAGACUUGGGAAUGCGUCUAUCUCUCCUUUUUUUGUUUGAUUUAUGAAUAAAAUUCUGGUUCUAAGGCCUGGGCUGACAGUCAAAUCUCUCUCAAGGAGCACCUCCCUAAAGCGCACACCUAUAGGCGAAUCUUUGCUGACGUCAUUGUUUACAUUUUUCCUUAUUACCAUACGACUUAAAUCAUUGAAGCCGUGGGCGUAUAUACGAACUAAAUGGAAAAGUUGAAAGAGCUGGUUAAGUUGAACAAUUUGUGGAAUUUUCAGCUCCUUGCAAGCAAUAUUGAAGACGAGUGCCCCUGGUUUUUGUUGGCAAUUCCUUUGGUGACUGUGCCUUUUCCCAUUCUGGCCCUUUUUUUAAACAAACUUUCUCUCACGGUUGUUCAAAUGCAGAAACUUUUCAAAUAAAAGUUAAAUACAUACCGAUUUCAGCUAGUGUGAUUUGCAUGGUGUAAAGCCCUUGACAAUAAUUUUUGGCGCUUCAAAAUUAAUAUUUAUUUAUUGCUAUUUAUUAUAACCCGAAUUUCACGGUAGUUUGUCUUUAGUUAAAAUGGAAAAGAGAGAGGGGAUAUUGGACUUAAAAAGGGAGAAGUGAUCUUCCUUGAUAAAGGAUAAUGGUACUGGAGAUGCGUGGUGUUGAAAGGAUUCACGGUCUUAAAAAAUUAUUCUAGAUAUAGACGAAUGUCAGGAAAAGAGAUGUGGAACGAACGCAACUUGUACCAAUACAGAAGGAUCUUUCAGAUGCACCUGCAAUAUUGGUUACUAUGGAGACGGAUACAACUGCACAGGUAUCGCAGUGUUUUAUUCCGUUUUCUCCACAGGGGCAUUAUAAAGUCUCACAUUCCUCAGAUCAGGCGAUUGUGGAAGAGGCGUAAAGCCUUGAUUACUACAAUUUUUUCCCGCAAACUUUGAUAAGCCUCCUUAUCAGGUUUUCCCUAUAACACAAUUAAAUAAUGCUGAAUUGUUAAGACCGGCUUUCAAAAAAAAUUACAUUCCCUUGUCACAAUUAUUCUUCACUUAUCAACAAAAUAUACGUUCGUGGAAUCUAUGUGAGCUUGAAAUGCGGGUAAACACACCAAAUACUUAAAAGAGAGUUAAAGAAGCAACAAGUGAGACACAAAAAGCAUUUUAUUUAAUUCUUCCGCGAAACAAACUAGUCCCUUAAAUAGAAUCGUAUUGUUUAGAGGAGCCUAAUAGUCACUCAAAUAUAUUGCAUUCAGGGGGAAACUGACGUUUACUUUGAAUUUUCCGACAUUGAUCGUAGGUAUUAAAAGGUUAAACAAGAUUGUAUAUACAAAAAUAUAUCAUGCCUAAAUAGUUUUCUAUUGCUCGUAUAAAAAUUUCAAAAUUUGAUAAUUUUCCAGUGAAGGAAACGCUGGUUAGAGAUCUUUAAUAGCAUGGAAAUAGCAUCAUGGAUACACAAAUGUAUGCGAAAACUUCAUUAUUACCCUCACGGCAAUCUCACGGUGUGCUACAGCGAUUUUUUAAAAUAACGUGCUGAAUAUAUUGUUCCCUUAGAAUGUUACACUAUAUUUGACUUCGAAGACCAUGAUUUGUCAAACUGGACUUUGAAAGGCACUGCAUUCAAUAAUCAGCCAACAUACGGGAAUAACACGUUAUCAAGGCCGGAGAGGGUUUGGAGCAACCACAAAGGGGAUUGGUGGAUUGGUACCUUCGAGAAUCGGUUCAGUCCCUCUGCACCGUUUGGGGGACAGCAAGGUGAUGGUCCUCAAGGCUCAAUGACGUCACCCAGUUUUCAGAUAACUGGAAAGUUGCUUACCUUCCUGAUUGGAGCAGGCUGCGGAGGUCAUACAGUUCCAAACAUUCGUGCUGAGCUUAUUAUUGCUGGGAAGGUGGUUGGCGAGGAGACACCGAAGGAGUGUGAUGAAGCUAUGAGAGAGAAAAGCUGGAAUGUAACAGGUUACGCUGGUAAAAAUGCCCAGUUGCGUUUGGUUGACCAUUACUCAGGCCACUUUGGGCACAUCAAUUUUGAUCACUUACAAGCUUGCCAUAAACUUAUUUCAGACACGAAUCUUGGUUAGGUAUUCAACUUGAGCAGUUAUAUAAGACUGAUGAAAAACAUAGUACGAACCACUAGUAAAUUGCUGAUCCUCACUUCCAAUCCCCCACUACAUAAGUUUUUUGAUUUGAUUUUGGAGUUAGUUAGAAUUUAAGGUUCUCUUCGUUAAUUUUUCCCUAUCAUUAUAUCCAUUUUUAGGGCGUUUAGAGUUUGAUGUUUUGAUUUAACUUGGUGGUAUUUUCCUAAACAUUCAAAAGAAAUUGACUGGCUUUAUUCUCCUUUGAAAAAACAAUUGCAAUGGGAGUCAUUCCUCUCCCCGAACUAAAUUACAAACUCAGAACGAAAGGAAGUUAACGGGCAACAGUGGGGUGCAAUGACCUUCCACUCGACAACGUUUCGUAGGCCUAAAACGCAGUCAAUACGUAAAUAAACAGAAGAAAGCCUUAAAGUUAGCUUAAAAGCGAAAUUCAACGCGCAUUUUGCUAAUUUAUAAAGCAAAGACGCAAUACUUCUCAUAACUUAAAACGUCUUAUAAAUUUUUGCUGUAUGAAUUAUUAGUUAGCUUAGUGGGGUAGUCUCCGCAUCCUGACAGACCUAAAACGUGAUCAGCACACAAACAAACACAAGAAAUGCUAAUUAAAAGGAAAGAUUUUCGCUAAAUUAUAGAGAAAAAGAAUAAUUUUCACACAACCUCUUUUAAUUGCUGCUUUAUGAAAAACUAAUUAUGCUUUCAUCUGUCUCUCGGUGUCUGGAUACCCCUAUAGUAUCCUUAAUUUUCGCCCAUAUUUGGAAGUAACCCUUUAAAGCUUAAGUUUCAAGCUAAUUUUCGUGACCAUGUAAGCAAUUAUUGUGAAGAAUGAAAAAUAGAACUUUGACUUCUUUUAACAUAAGAAAAUAUCAAGAAAUUUAAAGAGCACCUUUAUAGCAACUUUUUGGCACUCCAGUGCGCAACUUUCCAGCAUUUUCCGAGCACAUUCGGGACAGACGUAGUUGCAACUGGUAAAAAAAGUACAUUCGCCGGGAACCCAGGCUAACAGUAUAAAAAAUAUUGUAUAAGAUUUUAUCGGCCAUUAGUAAAAAAAAAACGGGUUAGGGUCAUCCUUCCAGUCGAGUGAACUUGUUUCUUUUUUUUUUAAAGGUAGAUAAUAGUUUUUUCCAUUUUUUGCAUAACAAUUGUUACUUGUUAUGAUUACUUAGUUUGAGUUAGAGUUAGAUACAAUAGAUUGUAUUGUUAUUGUUUACUAAGUGUUUCGUAGGAAAUGUUGUAAUAACUUAACUCUGUUUUCGUAUCUUAUUCGACCUUAGUCAUUGUCAUAAGCUUGUUUAGUCAGUUGGUUUGUGCUUUAUGCUUUGUAUUUACGUGGUCAAUAGAGCAUAUUUAAAAAAACUUUCAAUAACAAGCGUUUAUAUAGGAACAAAAGUUUACCCCUUUGUAUUCCUAUAUAACGUAAACACACAUACAAGGCGAAUUUUACAGACCCUUUUUUAUAGCCUCUGAACUUUUCGCUCUUUCUUUAUCCUUUCCCCAUUUUAGAGUAAAUAUUUUGACCGUUAAUUCUCAAUUAUCAGUCACGUGACGAAAAUUUGAGCUUCUAAAAUGUCUUGUAUUGCUAAGAUCAUUAAGUUACAUUUGUAGUUCAAUUUUCAGGAUCAUUGGUAGAAGCAAACCGUUCCUAAAUAGCAUUUUAACAAAAUAUGCAUAUUUAUUAGAUAGUCAUGAUCUGCGAUCGAUUUAGGACUAUUGACGUUGAUUCAAUCUUAAACAAACUACUACAAAGCUGUUUAAAAAAGCUUAAAAACAUUUUACCGCGGUUUCCAUUGCUUUACAGUGAAUAAGUACUUUAAAAGGAAACCAUUAGCUUACAACUGCAUAUCAGUUUGCCUGCUCUGAUUCAUAAAACUUUAAUAGGAACCAUGCCGCAACAGCUCAAAAUAUUUUAUUUCUUUUAUUAAAGGAUAGCGCACACAUUGUGUAAGACUUCGCAACUUGAAAUCUUUUGAUGAUCUUCUUGCAUGUAUUCAUACAUUUAUUGAAUAGUCUUAAAAUUAAAAUUUCAGUAAAUAAAAUGUAAGAAAUCCGAAGAUUUGUCGAAUGAUAAUAAAUAGCCGUAUUAUGUUAACAAAUAUCUAGCUCCGCUUUUUUUCUUCGGCUAAAAGAGAGGAGAAGUCGUUAGGUCACGUUGCCAUGGUAGCAAAAUUUCUGGAUGACAACAAAGCGAAAACGUCUCUUAAAAAGUGAAUUCCGCGCACUGUUUCAAACUUAAUCGAUCUUAUUCAAUUUCUUUUUAUUUUUUAAAUCUUGGCGAAAUUGUCGGGGAUUGAAUCCCAAAGGACUGUAUCUGAGUUUAGAAAAAGAAAAAAAAAUUAUUGUGCUGUGUUCACCAACUCCAUAAAGUGGGCGCUUGAAAUUAGGAAGUUUCAAGUCGCAGACUUGCAACGACGACUAAGAAAUGUACAAAAAAGCGUGAUGCACGUGCAAAGUUGUUGUUUUGCUGAUAUAAACCGAUUGUUUUUUUUGCCGUUCUCGUUGCCGUCGCCGUCGUUGUUGCUAAAGCUCUCCAUUGUUGUGAUCCUGAAAUGUUGCUACCAUGGUAACGUAACGUCACACUUCUCUUCUCUGUAGACUCCAAAAUCAAUUGACUACAGGUGUCUUAUUACCGCACAAGUUUUAAUUUUCCUUGGUUUUCUUUCGUAACACCUUCUCGAAUGGGCUUCUGCCUUCGGACAGAGUUUAGGUAAGUAAUAACUCUGAACUUCUAGUUCUAAGUUAAAAAUAAAGUGGAAAUGUAACAUCAUAUUUUCAUGAAGUUUAGCAAACUCCCCAAAAAGAGCUCAACGCGUUUUUAGUUGAGAUAAAACACCGCUCGCUGUUUCGACAACGGCAACUAGAGCGCCAGAAAAGCAACUCUGCACUCACACUACACUUUUUUUGUAUACUUCUUUGCCGUCAAUGCAUCCCUGGGACUUCGAAGUAAAAUUUCCUAAUUUGGCGUUUUUGUGGAGGGCGUAAAGGCUGACGACCACGAACUUUCUUUUCUCUUUCUUGACUUGGAUAUGGCUCUUAGGAGUUCAACGACGGGAGAGUUCCUCUAUGUUUGACCAAGAGAUUCAGCUGAAGUUUAGAAUUAGGGAAGGCACUUCUUAAAUGAAUUUUCGCUGCCCUCGAGAGCUGACAUGUGAAUAGGAUUUAGUUCAACAAAUAUAUUCAGAUACCUGUCUUCCCUUGUUGUGGAAUGAAAGAAGAGGAACCGGAAAAUUCUCAAGGAAUUUUAAACAAAUGUGCACUAGCCGCAGGUAAAUGCGAGCAGUGGCUACAUCUAUGAUAUAUGACAAGUAAAUUUCCAAAACUGAGAGAAAAGGAGAUAAAAAUUUUUGAAUAAGUUAACUAUAAAAGUUUAUUUUAGUUACAAACAGCAUAAUGAGAUAAAGGUUUAGAAUGCGUAUGUCAAGAAUGUAAUUUAUUUCAGGUACAUUCUCAAUCAACUUAAAAGCAUAUUCAAUAGACAAUUUUUUUCUGAAAUUCUUCAGAGUAAAACACAUGGAGUUUCUGGAGUAAAAUGGCAUUAAAAAUGAACUUGGAAGGUAAAUUAUUGGAAAUUUGAAGCUUGAAUCUUGUUUACCGCUAGUGAAGAAUAUUAGCUUGAGGAGAAAAUGUAUUUUUAGGGGGUGAUAAAACUGUAAAGCUAUCGAAGGGAGGAAAAUUAAAAGAGUCAGAGUAAGGAAAGGAAACAACUCUUCAUUUGAUUGUAAAUGUUUAGCACGAAAGUACUAAUUGAGGAUACCUAAUAAAUUCCACCUCUCCUAUGCUGGAGACUGGAGGGGCAUUUAAGGUGUUCAUCCGAGUCACAACAAGGACUGGCCGUAUGCUGGCAAAGGCAAAUGCUUUCACCCAGAUAUUUUAUAGCCUGCGUGGCAGGCGUUUCAAAGGGAAGGGAAAGGGGGUUUUGGGCGCGAGGGAAACGCGAGGGGCGUAUUACUCGGUAUUACUCUGGCGGCUUUGCAGUCAAGUGCUUUACCGAGUUAGCUAAUGGCCGGCUACCAAGUUACUGAAAAGGUAUUGUGUGAGAUCUGCCGGACUGUGAUGUGUAUUAAGAGGAAGGCAUGCGUUAUUGAAGAAAAAGACGAAUUCCGUGCUGUCAAAUAUAAUAAAUAAGGCUGAAUAGGUGUCCUUUAUUUUUGGUUAAGUGUAGAGUGGUAAAGAAUGUGAUGUAGUAUAGCAAUAACGCCAAAAUGUUUUCCCUGUUUGCGAUAUUGUAUUUCCACGAGAGCUUUUCAUGAACGAAUUAGCAUCCUUAGAUAUAUUUGACAUUUUUUUGUGUUCUAAGGCAUGCUAAGGAGAUGUAACCGUUUCGGAUAUACAACUGUAUGGUGAAAUAUACUUUCAAAUCAAUUUGGUAAUCUAACGUUUUUCUGACUCAGUUAACGUCGCGCGAUAAAUGACAAAGGUUAAGAUUUCUUUAAAUGGCAAUCUUUAUUUGAAAAUGCAUUCUUAAACUCUUAAACAUGAUCUUCUGGAAAAAAGAAGUAGUGACUCUCAUUUAAAGUACCUAUUUGUGGCUUUACGUGGGUCUGGCAAAUUUCCAUAUGAAAGAAUAAGAAUCAUGCAGGUCUUGAAGGCUUCCUGCUGAGGUGGAUACAUCCGCUUUCAUCAGCAUAAAUCUUCAGGCUUAUUCAAUAACUGUUUUGUGGAAUGAAUAAUCCUUUAUAGGGCUCAUUAGUUCAAAUCACAUCGAGAUGAGUGUGUUGGAAUUUCACAUUGCCGACUGCAAUUCAAAAUCUUUUGGAAAAAAGAAGUAGUGAGUCUGGGAGAACUUAAGGUUCCUCUGAGAUAACAUUUCAU